UACAACUAUAAGAUCCCUUAACUGUGCAUGUACUUGUACACCUCUGUAGAAGCAUAUUUCUUUAAGAAAAAAAAAAUAAUCUCUGUGGUUGCACACAAGCACUUAGGUUAAUGAAACCUGGCUGGUUAAACCAUGAAGUUGAUUUUCCAAGUGAUGUGUGUGCCAGUGGCUUGCCUGGGUUACAACAGUGAUUAGACAAAAUCACGGGGCAAAAUUGUACCAUGGGGAUUAUUUUAAACACAGAUAUAAAACUUCAGGUGUUUCUGGGCUGCUAUGAAAGGAAGCUGGAUAAAUAUCACCUUACUGAUGGGUUUUUUCCCCUGAGCUUUGUUAUUAACUAUUGUUAGAUACAGAAUGUUGGGCUGCUGGGGUCAUUGGUCUGUCCCUGUAGAGCUGUCCUUGUGUUCUGUUGCUGGGUUCCAGCAUGUUCACAGUACGUGUCAUCAGUGUCUGGAACAAACUCAGUUUAUCUCAAAGAACUAAAUGUGCUGCUUUUGUGAAACUGCUGUCUCUUCUUUACAUCUUUGAACUUAGAGGAAAUGGUUGAGUGAUGAUGAAAUCUAGUUUUCUGCUUUUUUUUUUUUCAUUUGCUGCUAAGAUGCUUCAGACAUUUUAACUGAAACAUCUUAUAAUUGUUCUCAGACCCAAAGCUCAAAAAUAUUUGGUAAACAUGAGCUAACUUCAUUUGGAACUUGGUCUGGAGUGUCAUCACUUGAAAAUUGAAUGGAAAAAUAAAUCUGCUUUAGAUUAAAGUAUUAAUAUAUUGAGCAUAUGAGCUGCUUAACUUCUCAAUGUUGUUUGUAUCAGCAGGAUGCUUUAUUCAGCUUCAAAAGCCAAGGAGAUGUGGGGUUACUUUGCCUUUGUGUCCUUUAUACCUUUGCAGAGCAGAAUAAAUCUGUGCUUUAAGAGUUGUACAGUUCUUUCGAAGUUACUCUCUAGCCUUUUACAGUCUCCUUGCAAAAGCUGUAAACAGCUGAGAUACCACAGCCAAGAAGGUCCAUCUUGAGGAAUUUACUUGCGUGGUGUGGUGAAGAAGAUGCAGCUGGUCACCUUGUAAUGGAAGAGAGUGGAGCUGACCAUGAUACUGCUAUGGAAGGAUCUAAUGAUUUGUUCAUAGGCAGCUGUAAUAGUACAGGAGAGUCAGAAACAAAUGAUCAGGUAUUUCAGAAGUUGCUGCUCAAAGUACAUUUUACUGUUUUUCCCCUGUGAAAGCAACUAACGUGCAUGGAUUCCAGGGAUCUGUUGUUUGGCCAGAGCGACUCUCCCCCAGCCCUGCCCAUCGCAGUGCCCCUCCCGGGCAGUCCUCCGGCAUCGGCCGUGCCGGCGCGGCCGCCCCAGCCACGCUCCCGCUCUGCCGAGGAGUUCCACCUGGCCGAGCAGCCCAGGCAGCCCCUGUGUGAGCUGCAGCCGCUGCGAGCGCCCGGUGCACCCAUGAUGAUUGUUGCCAGCCAGUCAGAAAAUGGACAGGUGCUGCAUGUCAUUCCUUCUGCCCAGCCAGGAGUGACUCAGGUGAUUAUUCCUCCAGGUCAGCUUCUGGAUGUGACCAGCACGCAGGAUGUUUCAGAAGAGAAGUGUGGUGAUGGGAACCUGCAGACUGUGGUGGUGGCUUCCAUAGCAGACAGUGCCAGCAGUUACAUUCUACAUCCACAGGCAUCUCUCACCCUAUCAAAAAAAGCAACCACCAGGGUAGUGGAAGAUUCUUUUCCCAUCCCUCUUCAGCCAUUGCCACUAAAUACGCCUGCAUGGGCACGCCGUCUCAGGAACUGUGAGAGAAUUGGGGACUCGUACCGCGGCUAUUGUGUGAGCGAGGCAGAGUUAGAGAGCGUUCUCACGCUCCACAAGCAGCAGACACAGAGCGUGUGGGGCACGCGCCAGUCUCCAAGCCCAGCCAAACCCGCCACACGGUUGAUGUGGAAAUCUCAGUAUGUCCCAUAUGAUGGGAUCCCCUUUGUCAAUGCAGGAAGCAGAGCCAUUGUAAUGGAGUGCCAAUAUGGGCCAAGGAGGAAAGGAUUCCAGCCCAAAAAAGCUGGUGAGCAGGAAAGCACCUCUAGCCAGCUGUACAAAGCCACUUGUCCAGCAAGGAUCUAUAUUAAAAAGGUCCAAAAGUUUCCAGAAUACAGGGUUCCUACUGACCCUAAAAUUGACAAGAAAAUCAUAAGAAUGGAGCAGGAGAAAGCAUUCAACAUGCUGAAGAAGAACUUGAUAGAUGCUGGUGGUGUUCUCAGGUGGUAUGUACAGUUACCUACUCAGCAAGCCCACCAGUAUCAUGAAAUGGAAACUUCCUGCCUCCCUCCUUCACCAUCCCAUCUUUCUCUGUCUUCUCCUGAGGAGGAGGAGGAAGUCAUUAGAGAUGAGAACAGUACUCUGCCUUCUCGACUUCAUCCUCAAGUGGCAGACAAGAUCCGAGAGCUGGUGUCUCAGGGGGUAGAGCAGGUCUAUGCAGUGAGGAAGCAACUAAGAAAGUAUGUGGAAAGAGAAUUGUUCACACCUGAUGAAGUGCCAGAAAGACAUAACCUGUCCUUCUUCCCCACUGUGAAUGACAUCAAGAACCACAUUCAUGAAGUGCAGAAGUCCCUAAGGAAUGGAGAGAUGGUGUAUAAUUCAGAAAGUAUCCCAGCAACGCUGCAGUGGACCACAGACAGUGGGAGUGUCCUCACAGAAACAGUGACUGUUGCGUUUGCCUCACCACCUUCAGAUGGGAGCUCAGGAGUGGAGUCAGUCAUCACCAAAGCAGAACCCAACCAGAGCGGGGAGUCCUUGAUACCAGAAACAGCUCAGCUGUUGUCUUCACUCUCUUCACUCCAGCCCAAGAUAUUUGCACAGCUUCAGGGAUUACAGCUGCAGACAGCAUUUACCUCGACAAACGGAUCAACAGCCCUGCUAGCUGUAAAUAACCAUUCCCCUCCCAGCCCUGCAGGUCUCCUGGAUUCCCUGGGGGGUGCACUAGGCAGCCAUUCUCUAGCACUGAGUCAGGGGCACAGUCUGCAAGCAGGUGCUGGCCUAACACAGGACAGUGCUGCUGCACCUGCUUUUGGGGCUCUGUCUGGCUCUGAUCAGAGUCUGGUUGCCAUGGGCCAGCUGGUACCAGCUGAAGGGGUGGAUGACUCCAGAAGCCUGGAAGGAGGAGUGCAGCAGAUUCUUCUGGGAGAUGUGCAGACUAUUCCAGUACGGAUUGUGGACAGCCAGCCAGCACUUACUGAAGAAAAUACAGAGGGUGUUGUUACUUGUGUGAGCGAAGUUAAACAAGAAACAAGAGAAAAAGCAUUGUCUAUGGAAACAGAUGAAAUCAGAGACUGCCACAGUUCCUCACCAUAGUUCUUCGUCUUCACCUGUGAAGCCUGGAAGGAUUUUUCAAAUUGGAGAACUCUAAAUGUCUUGGAAGGAAAGGCAGGUGCUCUCAAAGUACUGCCAUUCUUUUUUAAUUGUUUAUGACAUUCAGACUAAGCAUAUUUUAGAGUAUUUCUGACAGAAAGCUGUUUUGGUUUGACUGAUGUGGCUCACUGCCAACUCCAGGUCAUUCAGUUGCCCCAUAGAACACCACCUCUCUCUUCUGUUUCAAGUUUUGAGUAAUUUGGAUUCUCUCCAAAUGGCCCAUUUUGUUCAUUGUUUCUGAAGGUCUUCCACAAUUUAAUUCCUUAGCUUUAGAAUGUGGAUCACAAUACUGGGUUCACAUUUUCUGCUUGAGACCCUUGACUUUUAUUGUACUACAGAGACCAUAGAAUCUGUCAGCUCCAAGAUCACAGAAUCCAACAGCAAAGUGGAUUAGUAUGUCAAUGGUUUUGUGACAAAAGGAAGAUCCAGGAUGCUAAACUUCAAAGUGAUAAUGGACAUGGAUGCUUAAGAAAAUGCAACUUUGACCUGAUCAUAAUGUUAAUGGUGUGAAGAUCAAGGAGAGGAGAAAGCAGCUCAGUAUCUGCCCAAAUGUCUCUUUCUUCACACUUAUUAAGGCUUCCACAGAAGUCCCAUGCCCUCAGGCCCUCCAAUUCUCAGUGUUUCUCUGUUGGACUGUUGAGGAGCUGCUGAGUUCAUUGCACAGGUCAGAAGCUCUCCAGCUGGCCUAUCCAUCAACAGCAGCUAAGAACAUGAAGCAUUCCAAAGUACCCCUCAAAACCACCAUGCUCAGAGCCUGAAAGGAUCACUUACCUCUGAGAGUACUCCAGAUAACUGUCAAGAGACCAGAGCAGAGAACCGAAGAGGAGGACAAGUUUGCAAAAAACUGCUUGCAGGAGAUAAAAAGCCCUCAAAGUUAAAACUGAAGAUUGCAAUUUCUCAUGGCUGAAAUGGCUCACUUUAGAUGUGCACUGGUUAUCUUCUGAAUGCAAACUGGUCUGAUAACUCCAUGGUUUUGGCUGUUGACAAAGCUGUUAUCACAUCUGACGUGUUCUGUACGUGGAAAGACAUGGAGGAAAUGGGAACCUUCUUGACCUGACUUCUGCUGAGAACAGAUGAUCUGUGGAAAGAGGGCUUUACCAGUUUAAAAUCAAUAUCCUCACAAUAAUUUCUUGGGUGUACAGCUUUUUCAUGUCGGGUGCUAGUGCAUCUCUAGCUUUGCACAUAAUACAAGACGUAAAAUUACCUCAGUGGCCUAGCCAUAUAUUUGUUGUCUCCUACCACUGUACUCCUUGCUUUUGGGAGUGGGAAAAUAGUUUUAACGUGUUCUGAUUUUCCACUUUUCUGCCUUUCUCUUGUUGCCUCUUUCUCAUACCCGGAGCAGCACAGAAAAAAAUUUCUCAUUUUAAAAAAUUUCUCUAUCCUCAGUUUCCCAUGUUUUGAGGUUUCCUUUUUGCUUUAUGUGCUGGAGUUUGAUCUCUUACAUGAUUGAAAUGUAAGAUAUCAUUGCAUUUUCCUUGAGGAGUGGGAAAUACUGGGGUGAGCUCCACUGCCCCCUUCACUCCAGAAGUCCUCAUGGGAAGCACCUGCCACAGGUUCUGCUCCUGCAUCUCCACACAGGUCAGCACAAAUGCAGAGCUGUGCUGAUCACAGCAGUGUCUGUGUACACCAGCACCUUAUCAGUACAAAGUUAUUGCUGUGAGUCCAGAUCAGUCUGUGGGUCUGCCCCACUGUGUCCCCACAAAUGACUCUUUGGGCACACCUUGAAAGAGGGCACAGGAGAUGGCCAGGAAGUCCUUAAUGCUCAGCUUUGAGUUUGUGCUUCUGUAUUGAGUUCAGGUGCCCUGGUGUGGGUGGCCCCGUGCAGGACACAGCUGGCUCCAGGCAGCUCUGCAAUGGACCGACCACAGGACACAGCUGAGCAUGUGAGUGAAGCUGGGGCACCUCUGGGUGUCUGUAAGAAAGGGAAAAUGCUGCAUGGCAGAGAGGAACAAAGAAGAAGGUGAAGCAGCUCCCUCAGCACCAAGGUCAGAGAAGAAGGAGAGGGAGGAAUUGCUUCAGGUGCCGGAGCAGAUGUUUUCCUUGCAGACCACAGAGGAUUACAUGCCAGAGCAGGUGCAGAUUUUUCUGCAGGAACUGCAAUCCAUGGAGAGGAGCCAUGCCAGAACAGGCUUCUGCUGAAGGACUGCAGCCUGUGGAGAAGACCCAUGAUGGAACAACAGGAAGAAGCUGUUACAGACUGACUGCAAUGCCCAUAUUCCUCUUUGCCUUGUGCUGCCUUGGACAAGGGGAGACAGAGAAGCUGGGGGUUCAAAGUGUGAAGUUGAGUCUGAGGAAAGAGGGCAACAGGGAGGGAAUGUGCUGUUUAAAUUUGCUUUUGUUUCUCAGUGAUUUAAUCCAUUUUAAUUGGCAAUAAAUUAAAUUAACUUUUCUCACAUUGAUUCAAGUAUUGAAAUUUACGUCUGCGUGCAAGUCAUGGUGGAAAAUCCUGAUGUCCAUUUGAUCACUGCCAAGUCACUAUUGCCUUGAAUUUUUUAAGUAAUCAGAUCUUUAUUUCUAAGAAUUCAUUCUGUGUGAAGGAAGUAGUGUGCCUUGUCUGAAUCGGGAAUUGCAUUUCUGGAUGUAUUCUGGUUAGGCCUUUCAAGUUCAGCAUACUCACUUCACUAGAGUAGAUCUCAGGUGGAGAAUUAACUCAGGAACAUGUCUAAUCCCUUACAUUUCAGCUAGAAAAGAAUACCAGCCAUAUUUUUACAGCUUUGAGCAUGGGAGAGUCAUUCUGAGGCGAGGAUGCUGCAGCAGUAGAUUCUACUUUAGCUACUUCAGUAAGCUGUUCUUACAGGUGCUAAGGGUGUGGCAUCUCCCCAGUGUUAUGUCUAGCAGUGCUUCAGAAUGGGGCAAAGUUCGUGGUGAGUGGCAUCUUUGGUGAACGUGCUGUUAACUUUCAGAAAAGAAAUAAGCAGAGUUUGGAAAUGAGAUUUAUAUUCUUGUGCUUUCCAGAGAUUAUUUUCCUGAAUAACAAGGUAACUUCCUUUAAAGGGUAAGUUUUGUAGGUAUGUUCUUACACCACCUUUGGAAAAUACUUGUCACUGGACACAAAGGGUAUCUACACAGGGUACUAGGUGACGUGACACACUUACAGGUUUAUAAUGGGGGCACUGGAAUAUAAAAUUGAUGGAUAGCUUCCUAAUAUUAUCUAAACUAUUCUUUUCAUCCUCUCUCUUCACAUUUCACUAUAAAGGGAAGAGUCUCUGUUAAAAGGAACAUGGUAAAUUUUUAGUUGUCCAUAAAACUGUUUAUGAACAGUUGGAUGAAAAGAACUUCUUUGAUAAUGAAUUGGAUGAGCUUUGGAAAAAUUUGUGAUGUCAUUGUAACUUCAAGUAUUUUCUUCUAAUUGUAUACACUCACUAUUGAUUAUUGUCUUACUGUUUAUUUGCUGUAUAAUUUAUUUGUUAAGCUUUUCUGCCCAUGUUAGGGCCAUAGAAGUAAUACAUAUUGCAA